GGCCGGGAGAUGGGCCGCUACUCGGGCAAAACGUGCCGGCUGCUCUUCAUGCUCGUGCUCACCGUCGCCUUCUUCGUGGCCGAGCUGGUGUCGGGCUACCUGGGCAACUCCAUCGCGCUGCUGUCCGACUCCUUCAACAUGCUGUCGGACCUGAUCUCGCUGUGCGUGGGGCUGAGCGCCGGCUACAUCGCCCGGCGCCCCCGCGGGGGCCUGGGCGCCACCUACGGCUACGCCCGCGCCGAGGUGGUGGGCGCGCUCAGCAACGCCGUCUUCCUCACCGCGCUCUGCUUCACCAUCUUCGUGGAGGCCGUGCUGCGCCUGGCCCGGCCCGAGCGCAUCGAUGACCCGGAGCUGGUGCUCAUCGUCGGCGCCCUGGGGCUGGCGGUCAACGUGGUGGGGCUGCUCAUCUUCCAGGACUGCGCCGCCUGGUUCGCCUGCUGCGGCCGCCGCCGCCGCCAGCUGCAGCCGCGGCAUCAGCAGCCGGCGGCCGGGGCUGCUUUCGGGGGUCCCCGGGAGGCCGAGGGCCACUGGCCCGCCCCCACCCCGCCAGCCCCCGGCCGCGAUUCGGCCGUGACCCUCCGCGCGGCCUCAGUGGAGAGGAAGGACGAGAAGGGGGCGACCGUGUUCUCAAACGUAGCAGGUGAUUCUCUGAACACCCAGAAUGAACCAGAAGAGAUGAUGAAAAAGGAGAAAAAGUCUGAAGCCCUGAAUAUCAGAGGGGUACUUUUACAUGUGAUGGGAGAUGCCCUGGGAUCGGUGGUUGUAGUGAUCACGGCCAUCAUAUUCUAUGUGCUUCCCCUAAAACGUGAGGACCCGUGUAACUGGCAGUGCUACAUCGACCCCAGCCUGACUGUCGUCAUGGUCAUCAUCAUUUUGUCAUCUGCCUUCCCACUCAUCAAGGAGACUGCUGCCAUCCUGCUGCAGAUGGUCCCCAAAGGCGUCAACAUGGAAGAGCUGAUGAGUAAACUCUCUGCCGUGCCUGGAAUCAGCAGUGUGCAUGAAGUUCACAUCUGGGAACUUAUAAGUGGGAAGAUCAUUGCCACUCUGCACAUCAAGUAUCAGCAGGACACGGGGGAUCAGGAUGCCAGUCUAAAAGUUCGAGAAAUCUUCCACAACGCGGGAAUCCAUAACGUGACCAUCCAGUUUGAGAAGGUGGACCUGAAGGAGCCCCUGGAGCAGAAGGACUUGCUGAUGCUCUGCAGUUCACCCUGCAUCUCCAAGGGCUGUGCCAAGCAGCUCUGCUGUCCCCCUGGGGCACUGCCUCUGGCGCACGUCAAUGGCUGUGCUGAGCACAAUGGCUGUCCCCCACUGGACAUGUCCCGAAGUGAUGGCCUCGGUGGACGAGAAGCAACAGAAGUGGCUAUUGAAGUGUCUUUGGCAGGUGGUCUGAGUGACCAUGGACAAGCGCUUAGCAAAACUCGGGAGGACUUGCGUUAUGUCAAUAGCACACAUUUUUAAUCUGACGCUCACAUAAGUAAGACUGCAUAGAUGAGGCACUUUGGAACCACUAGCUCAGUUUGUGGGAAGAGCUUUGUGGGUUGUGGACAGUGACCAGACCCACAGUGGGUGCACUCUGUGUUCUGUAAGGGGUUUGGCUGUUUGGGAUGUUAGUUGAACUUGCCUGUGAAUUUUGACGUGACAGAGAACCUUUUUACGUUAUCUUGGGUGUCUUCAUGCUGCUCUUCAAGUUUUGUUGGAACGUGUAUUUUCCGAAGCAGAUGCACUAGUACUUACAUCCGGGACAUUGAAGGCUGGGACUUAAUGAUUGUGGACACAGGACUCAAAGUAGUUUUUGUUUCAAAUGGAGCAGAAUGUCUAGCUGACUCACAGGCACACACAUAGCUAAGAACAUCGAAAAAAACUUAGAAACUGAAAAAGCCGUAUCCCUUUCCUUCCACCGGGAGGCCGUCAAAGGGGGAGGUUAGGUAGACCUCCCGCUGCGGACCUUUUUUUCUCUUUGACUCAUUUUUAAGUAAAUGUAAAAUGAAUACCUAGUAAGGUAGAAAAUCUGAGAACAUUAGAGGAAGUUGAGUUUAUUGGGGCUGCGGAAAAGGAAGCAAAUCUGUUUGGACCGUUUUUUCCUUUUGUGAGGUGGAGACAAAAAUGCUCACUUUCUGCUGGGAACUGCGGUAGGGUGUUUCAGGUGUUUAAAUAUACAAGAUGCUUUUUUUGUUUUCACUCUGAAGUGUGGGAAUCUUUCUACUUUAAAUAUGACACAGUGCUUAUCUACUGUCUUUUAGAGUCAGUCCAGUUGGGACUGUUUUCAUUUAUUGCUUAUUAGUGAUUUACUUAUUUGCCCAAAUUUCUUUUUGAGUCUCCUUUUAUAUGAUCACAUUGAUCUACGUAGCAUUUACCAGGAGAGAAUGGAUAUUCCUGGGGUAGAGGAAUCUAUGGCACUGAGUGUGCAUCCUUGCCAAAAACGAAAAAGAAAUAAGCUAGAUUGACUUUUCUUUAAUUAGACAUAUUUUAAAGUAUUUAUUAUAGUUUUCAACUCAUAAUUUGAUGGAAAAAGUGUUUGUCCAAGGGAGAAAUGAGAAUUAAUUAAAUUGCUGCCUUUAAUGUGUUUUGAGGAGCUUACACUUUCUUUUAUGUCUCUGACCCGUAUUACCAAGUUCAAAUAAAUACAUUAGAAUCUGACUUGGUUCCAUAACAACCUGUGUUAGUACUGGAGAAACAUCUGUUAUGUAUGUAACAAACUGUUCAGGCAACGAUUAUUUUAACCAGAACAGUCCCAGAAUAGGUAUAAGGAAAUGGGAGGUGCCCCACCAGAGAACCAGAAUCUUCUUUGACGGGCUGCAAAAUUGACUACAAAGGAUCAUCUCUUAGGUGCUGAAGUACUGAGUCCUGUUUAGAAUCUGCACAGUACUCAGCAGAAAUGCUGGGUGGGUAACAGGAAAAGCAUCCAAAGUUUUCAGCACAAGCAUUAUUUAAAAAACUGCAUCUUAGUUUUAAAUUCUAAGGCUGAAAUAAGGAAGCAACUGUGAUGAGUGGGAAAGGAAAAUCUUUAUUCCUUGAAAAUGUUUAUCUGAGUUUACAUUGGCCAUGAAUUAGGCAAAGAGGAAAAAAAUGCCUAAAUAUGUUUUUAUCCCUAAGAGUUUAUUAAGUAUAUAUACUUAACAGUAUUAUAUAGUAUAUAAUAUAGUGUAUGUAUACUUCAUAGCUAAAACAGGGGUGAAUACAAGACAACAUUUUUGUUUUUAAUGUUAAAAUUAUGGCAGGUACUCACACAAAACAGAGGAUUCUUUAUGAAACUUACCUCAGUGAUAUGUGGACCAAAUUCUCAUAUAUCAAUGUUGGCUGAGAUGCUCUGACUGGAGCCAAAGGAGAAAGCUGUUUCUCACUUCCGAAUUUAAAGGUCUAAUUUGAUUUCAUAUCGUUCUGCUCUUACUAAAAGGGAAAAAUUAUCAUCUUCUAGUUUCUGUGCAACUGGCUGAAGGGCUGCAUGCUAGUUUACAUCCCAGUAAUGUUCUUGAAUUAGCCUCUAAAGCAUUUUUCUGGAAAGCAAAAGGCACUUAAUUCCCAUCUAAUUAAAUCUAACCUCAGAAAAUUAUCUUGAUGGACACUUAUGAACAUACCAAAUUAUGGGGUACAGUCAAUGUGAAAUAAUACCUUUGGCAGACAGCUUGGCUCGGUGUGUUGAAUACUUUCCAAACAAGCUAAUUUAGGGCAAUAUUUGUGUAUCCGGCGAGGUGCUGGCUUGUGCUUGUGAUGCCUGCCGUGUGGCCUUUUUACAUGAGUUUUACUCUCUCUUUCGUUGUCCCGCAUUUUAAUUCUCCCAAGGAAACGCCAGAGUUUUCUUUCUCCCUUUGAAUCAGCCCUGAGUGGUGGCAGCAGUGUCCGAGGAACAGUGGACUUAAACCACACUGUUUUUUUCUGAGAUGAGAAGAAUAUUGCUAUUCAGUUUAGCAUUCCUAUGUGCUUAGGUUAGUUCCAGAAAAUUCUUUCUCUUUUCUUCUAGGAACUGAAAAUAAUUUUUUAAGAGUCUAGGGAAUCUUCUGUGUGUCGGGUCAGCCUUGGGUGUGCUACCCUGGGGACACAGGGCAUGGCACUUCCCAUGGACUCCUGUUUCUAUGCAAAGAGUCAUUUCCACAGUGUUUCAGCACCAGCUUUAGGAAACAUGACGUCUGCUUAUUUAUUUUCCCAUUUCAACUCUCUUUUUGAAAAUAGAGGUUACUUUAUUUUUCAAAAUAUUUGGACAUUAUGAAUACCCAUAGAACUAGGAGGCUCCAUUGUUGAUAGAAAAAAAUAUUACUCCUUUAAUUUUUUUGAUAAAAUAGCAAUAAAAUAGGGAGACAUUGAGGAAGAAUUUAAUGUAUUCUCCAUACUUAGAUACUUAGUUACUUUUUUCCUUUUUCUUUCUUUCUUUUCUUUCUCUCUCUCUCUCUUUUUUUUUGCCAUGAGCUGGCCAAACUCCAGUGGGGGUAAGUCAGGAAUCUCAAGUUCAGUAGAAAUGGGUGUUUUGAAUGGCAGAGAAAUCAUCGAGGUAGAUUUUGGAUUAUCACAAGGCAGCUGCCUUUUGAGGUAGUAAGAGCUUUCGUUAUGCGUUUUCAAUUUCUGUGUUAUCGAUGUUUUGAACCGGAUAAUUCCUUGUAGUGUGGGGCUGUCCUGUGCAUUGUAGGGUUUUUAGUAGUAUCUUUUGGUCUCUAACCCCAGAUGCCAGUAACAUCCCCCAAGGUUGUGACAACCAACAAUACCUCCGACAUUGCCACGGAUUCCCUGGGGAGCAGAAUUGCCUCUAGGUAGGAGCCACUGACGUCCGACUUCACCUAAGGGUACUUGAGGGGUAUUGUUGACGGAAGCCCUUCUAAGGCCCAACAAUCCUUUGAAUAUAAUCA